AUGGCAAUGGCAAACAACAAAACACAAUGUUUUACAUGCAAGAAAGAAAAAAUAACUUAUCCUUGUAAAGGAUGUUCAAAAGAAUUUUGUUUUACGGACUUAGCAGAACAUAAACGAAUAUUAAAUGAUGAAUUAAAUUAUAUUAUUAAUAAUUAUGAUCAAUUUAAACAAACAAUUAAUGAACAAAAACAAAACCUACAAAAUCAGGCAUUAGUAAAACAAAUUGAUCAAUGGGAAAUAAAUUCAAUUGAGAAAAUUCAACAAAAAGCACAAGAGUACAGAGAAAUCCUCAUUAAAUCAUCACAAACAUUUAUUAAUGAUAUUGAAACGAAAUUUAAUAAUUUAAGUGAACAAAUAAAACAAAUCAGUGAAGAAAAUGAAUUUAACGAAAUUAAUUUAAAUUAUUUAACAAAUCAAUUACGAAAAAUUACAGAAGAAUUAAAUAAUCCACCAAAUAUUCCUAUUAAAUCACACUCACAAUCAUUUAUUAAUGAAAUUUCAAUUAUUUCAACAAGAAAACCAAAAUUCAACAAAUGGAAACAGAAUGCCAUUACUGUGGCUGGUGGGAAUGGAGAAGGACAGAAAUUAAAUCAACUCUCUCUUCCUGGAGGAAUCUUUGUUGAUAAAAAGAAAAAUAUUUUCAUUGCUGAUCUUGACAAUCAUCGUAUUGUUGAAUGGAAACAUAAUGCGAAGGAAGGGCAAAGCAUUGCAGGUACAAAUAGAGAAGGAAAUCGAAUGGAUCAAUUGAAUGAGCCAACACAUGUUAUUGUUAAUCAACAAAAUCAUUCGAUCAUUAUUGCUGAUUUUCAAAACAGACGAGUGAUGCAAUGGUUGAAUCAAAGUCAACAAAUUCUCAUUCAGAAUAUUGACUGCUAUGGCUUGGUAAUUGAUAAGCAUGGAUUUCUUUAUGUUUCUGAUGGUAAGAAAAAUGAAGUGAGACGAUGGAAAAUGGGCGAAUACAAUGAAGGAAUUAUAGUGGCAGGUGGAAAUGGAAAAGGAGAUCAACUUAAUCAACUUGAUUGCCCUACUUUUAUGUUUGUUGAUGACGAUCAAACUGUUUAUGUAUCAGAUCAAAACAAUCAUCGUGUGAUGAAAUGGAGAAAAGAUGCUAAACAAGGAAGAAUUGUGGCUGGAGGAAAUGGUGAAGGAAGAAAUUCCAAUCAAUUGUUUUCGCCUGAAGCAGUAAUUGUUGAUGAUUUUGGUCAAGUUUAUGUGGCAGAUCAUAGGAAUCAUCGAGUAAUGCGUUGGUGUGAAGGAAAAGAAAAAGGUGAAGUUGUUGUCGGUGGCAAUGGUAGCGGAAAUCAGUCAAAUCAAUUGAAUGGUCCGAACGGUUUAUCUUUUGAUGAUGAAGGAAAUCUUUAUAUUGCUGAUCAUUUUAAUCAUCGAAUUGAAAAGUUUGAAAUAAUUUUGUGA